GAGAAGUCGAGAUGCUGGGGGUUGACGUUGUGGAAAGACUUGCCCGUCUUUGGUGCAAACAUGAGGGAACAUUGGAACUUCUUCGAUGCGAACGAGGAUGUGGAGCGAACGCCGAAGCGGGAACGAUGGGUUAAUCUCAACGCGUUCGUCGCAGGGUUAACAGCCGCUCGGAUCCAUGACUUUGAGUUGUAUGCCCUUUGGCAGCUGAGAGAUGCCAUAGAAGAGCCAAUCGAAGAGAGGGAGGGGGAGGGGGGAGAAAAACGGAUCGACAAGAGCUUUGACGCCAAAAUUCCCGCUGCUGUUCAAUGGAUCCUCUACUGUGGGGAACUGAUA